AUGGCAUUCAAGAAAUACAAAGGAGACAAGGCUCAAUAUAAAGAAUGGACAGUUGGUGAACUCAAAGAGGAGUUAGAAAGAAUUGAAAAAAUGACUAAAGACAAAGUUAAACAUACUCCUCCAGUUUGGGCAAUUUAUAAGAAAAAUAUACCUGAUAAGGCUAUAAAGUUGAAGAGAAUGAAAGAGGAACUCAUUACUGCUGAAUUUGGGUCUAGGAAUCAAGUGACAAGGUGGAAAGAAGAAAAGGUGAUUGCUUCUUACCAAAGGCUAGAAGAAUUGAGAAAGAAAAAUCCUAAUGUUCCACAAAAGCCUGUUUACCCUGAAGAAGAGGUUUUAACUAGACCACAAAAACUGCAAGUCAGGAAAUCCACUGCUCCACCCGCUGCCAUCCUUUAUCAAAGAAGGAGACAAAAGCAAAUGAAUCCAAAAAUACCAGAGGAUCUAGCAGCAGACACCAUGGCAUCUUCUGGUAGUGGAGUAUCCAACACGAGCGACCCGAUGGCUUUUACCUCUGAUGACGAGAUGGCCACAGACUCCGGAGUUUACACCUCAGACACCACAAGCACCGAUGAAGACGAUUUCCAGCCAUUUGCCCUACCGAUCUUUGGAGACGACGUACCCCUAGCUGAUGGCCCACCAGGAGAGGACCUACCCCUUGUUCCAAUCCUUGCCCCUCUCCCAUUUGCUGCAGUUCUCUUUGAGGAACAGCCUCUCGACGCGUUACCCGAUGGUGACAUCGAUCUGCUCAUCGCGGGUCCCCCGGAGGGAGACCAGGAUGGCGGGGCCCCGAUGGAGGACGAUGUUCUGCUUGCUGAUAUCCCAGUUGUUGACCCCAUUGUUCCUAUGGUUGAGCUUCCUGAGAUGGAGGUUCAUUCUGAUUCGUCCGCCUCAGGUUCUUUUGAGUCGGUAGCUUCCUCUAUCCCACCGUUGGGAUUCGGUUACAUUCCUCGUAUUGACGAUGAUGAGGAGAUGGAGAUGGAGGACGAGUUGGUCCCCGAGGAGCAGCCUGCUGAGGCUCCUGUUCUCCCAGAUGAUCAGAUUCCUGUUAUGCUUGCUGAUCAUCAGCCUGCUCCUGUUAUUCCAGAGCCCGUUCUUGCCCUUGACCAUGUUCCUGUCACUGAUGCACCCGUCGUUGCACCACCAACUGUUGAGAUCCCAGAUGUAGCACCCAUACCCGACCCCGUGACGAUUUUUGAUGACCUUGCACCGUUUGCUACCCAUAUUGACCCGAGAUACGCUGACACCCACAAUGGGUGGAUCGAGGAGGAUGACUACCCUCCGUAUGUGGUCCCAGUUACUCCCACUACCGUACCUGUUACUGCACCACUCGAUAUUCCGUUGUUUCCUCCACCCACAUCGGAUACCCAUCGUACCGAUCUUCCGAUUACUUUCCUUCAGGACAUUCCUCCGCCACGACCUGGGGAGGGAUCGUCAAGACAGCCUUUCGGCCACACACCAUUUAUGACAGGAGAUAGCCAGUUUAUACCACAGAUUCCUUAUCAUAGUAUUGUUCCACCCGUGUUAUCCACUGCACCCUUCAUGUCCUAG